AUGAGACUUAAUCGACCGGUUGCCCUACUGGGCCUUCUACACGCGAGUGUAGCUUUGGCAGCUCGUUCAGCAAAUCACAGCCCUAUAUCUUAUACCAACCAAAACGGAACGCGCCUGUCCUUCGACGAGCAGACUGUGCUCAAGUUGUCCUCAGACGGCAAAUUCCCAGCAGUUGUUGUCCUUGACUAUGGACGCGACGUGGAAGGAUUCGCCUCCUUUGAUGUCGCUCGAAAGUCCGGAGACACUUCUAUAUUUGAGAUGACCUACAGCGAGACUCGCGCUCUAGUUGAUUCUGAAAUGGGCGAUGGUCCCCUCCCGUUAUCUGCUGCCAUGGACACGUACCGGAUAAACCGUUACAAUAUCACUGAACCAAAACUCUACAUCAACCGUCUGCUUCAGGGAGGCUUGAGAUAUCAGAAACUCAAUCUCUCCAGUGCAGGAGAGGUCGAACUGCCCUUCGUCGGAUUCCGCCCUACUGUUUCUACGACUGCGGUUUCCGAUCUACCCGGUUCUUUCAGUUGUUCUGAUCUUGUACUGAGCCGCAUCUGGCAGGCUGGUGCCCGAACUGUGCAGCUUAAUGAGUUGCCUGCCAAUUCCACGCCAGAAUUCUGGAUUAUAACCGACGAGGGCGCGUUCGUGGACAGUCUGGCACCUCAGCCAUUGUCUACAGAUUGGAGUCCAAUGCUCACUGCCUAUGAGUUACGAUUUUCCGUCAAGCCAAAGUCAGGAGGAUUUGGCUUUACCGUUCUAAGUGACACCCUUGGAAGCGGAAUUUACAUUUUUGUCAAUAUCGCCAAUUCUUCUAUCUCUGCUUACGCCGGCUCUUCUGAUCUCUCUGAAUCCCUUGCCUCCGCGACUUUGCCAUCAUCCGUUACCUUGAACAAAUGGCAAACAGUUCGCAGUUUAGUGAAUACGACAGAAAUCUCUGUCCAGAUAGAUAACACUACCGUGUUACAGUUCUCCCAGAGCGCUGCCUUUUCUGGUUCGUUUGGUCUAGGUGCAUCCUUAGGCCACUCUGCUACAUUUGCCGAUCUCUCCCUCUCGGUUUCCGGUCAGCAGAUGUAUUCGGCUUCUUUGAAAAAUGCAUCUUUCCUGCAAGACUUCCUCCUUGGUACAAAUCCAUUACCUAUUAGUGUGGAUGGCUCUCGGAGAGACCGCAUUGCUUAUGCUGGAGACUUGGAUAUGACCACCGGCACAGCAUUUGCAAGCACAUAUGGUCAAGAAUAUAUCAAUGGUUCUAUUGAGUUGCUGGGCUCUUACCAACUUACGCCCGGCUUUUUUGUCCCGAAUGCCAAAAUACAGCAGCCUGCUCGAACUAAUCCGGUUAAUGCGAAUAUCACCGGUCUCAUCGGCUAUUCGUUCAGUAUGGUGAGUUCUAUGGCUCGCUUCUAUGAGCAGACAGGCAAUGCCGAUUUCCUGAAUCGUUGGGCACCAAAGGCUGCUAAGAUGUUUGAUUGGGCUCACUCUCAAACCCUUCCUAAUGGCCUUUUCAACAGCUCUGACGUCUCAUUUGGCGGUGAUUGGAAUUACUAUGAUCCGGCUCUUUCUGGAGUUGUUGCCAAAUUCAAUAUGGUCUAUGCAUAUUCGCUCUCUCAAUGGAUUCCAUACAUGGAAAACACAGGUCUUAACAAAACCAUGUAUGAGGAGCGUCUCAGCUCCCUGCAGAAUGCUAUCAACAAACAUCUGUGGAGUCCCUCACAACAAGCAUACUAUCUGUCUGACUCCCACAAGGACUUCUUCUCACAAGAAGCGAACGCUUUAGCUGUGCUGAGCGAUACAGCUUCUCACAAAAGCCACAACCCUAAGACAGUUUUGGCAACGAUGGCGCAGGAAUUGAUCGUACCUGCCGGAGCACUCGCCUUUUCUAACAAGAGCGCUGCGAGUGGAUGGGCGCAGCGGAUCAGUCCCUAUGCCUCUGGCUAUCACCUGAAGGCUGCAUUCUAUGCCAACGACGGUGAUAGUGCUCUUCAACUCCUUAAAGGCGUCUGGGGUCCUAUGAGCGAUCCAUCGCAUGCCAACUAUACCGGUUGCUUCUGGGAGGUUCUGGGUGAUGAUGGCACUCCUGGCAUUGGCUCUUCUACAUCAAUGUGCCAUGCCUGGAGCUCAGGACCUACCGCUGAUUUGAGCCGCUACGUUCUUGGUAUCCAGCCCACGACUCCGGGCUUCAAGGAUUGGCAAGUUGUCCCCCAAUCGCUGGACUUGAACUGGGCGCAUGGAAAGCACCCCAUUCCUAAUGGUCAAAUCUCCGUUGAUUGGUCAUUUGAUAAGGCCGGUCUGCUUCGAAUGGUGGUAAUUGCUCCCCAGGGCACCAACGGAACUGUUUAUCUUCCUGUUCCCUUGAAAAAGAAAUUGAAUAAGUACCGCGCCUCAGGCUUUUUGUCCGAUAACAAAACUUUCUUCGUCGUUCAAGGUGGUGCGAACUUCACCUUCCAACAAAUGGCCUAG